GAACCAAAGUCCCUUCCCUCAGUAAGAUUACGUUCAGGUUGUGGAAGGUAGACAAGUGUCUCAGGGUUGGGUUUUCCUGAAGCAGACGCUGAGAUGGAGUUUGGGGAACAAGAUGUUUAUUUGGGAUCAACACGGUGAACAGAAGGGGGUGGAAGCAGCAUUGGGCCGAGGAAGAAGUUGAACUGUGUUGCAGAUUUGACAUGACAGAGCCCCCACCAGCCUGUGGAGACCUCUGGAGUGAGGUGGAUUCCCUGGCAGAGGUUCCGGCACUGAGCGAUGACCUCACUCCUUUCAGGUGUGUUACCAGGUGCGGCUGCCCCAGGAAGGGUGCGGCCUCCGGCAGGAAGCUCUCUGCACUAAGGCUGACCAGCUGACCCCGAGGAGCUGGGCCCUGGAGCCCGUCUACCUGCAGCUGCUCUGCGGGUCUUAGCAGUGGAUCUUCCCGUCUAUCACAGUCGGAGCUGCCGUGGGGAGAGCAGCUGCUCUCCGUAGCCAGGCAUGCUGUGGUCGGCUCUGCCCAGCCGUGGAACAGAAACAUUUGCUGGAUGGAAAAUCCAUAAAAGAAAGCUCCUGUGAAAGCCUGAGACAGACGAUAACUUAAGCAAAAUCAGAUAUAUUCGGGCUGCCUGACCUCAUUGAGUGAUUGCUAUUAAUUAACAAGACUUGGUGGGAAAAGGGAAAUUGCCUUCUGAGCUUUGUACCAAAGACCUGGGAAAACUCCUCUACAUUUCUGACAGUACAAAUGAGAUAGUUGAAACAUUCCUAAAACAAAACAAGACAGAAAAGAACUAUACUCUAGAAGUUCCAUAGAAGCGUUAAACACUUAAACAUCUCAGUCUUUCCUGAGUACUUGGAGACUGCCGAGGCCCCUGAUAAUGUGCUGACUGGUCGCUAUGGGCAGACGGUACCCAGAGGCUCACUGUUAUCCAGGCAGCUCAUAUUUCAGAUUAUAACCUAUUUCCUGCACCAUUGCUGACGUCCAGUGACCCAUGUCAGAAGUACUUCCAGCUGACUCAGGUGUAGACACUUUGGCAGUGUUUAUGGCCAGCAGCGGAACGACAGACGUCACGAAUCGGAAUAGCCCGGCCACACCACCAAACACCCUUAAUCUCCGUUCCUCCCACAAUGAACUGUUGAACGCUGAAAUAAAACACACAGAAACCAAGAACAGCACACCCCCGAAAUGCAGGAAAAAAUAUGCACUAACUAACAUCCAGGCGGCAAUGGGCCUCUCGGAUCUGGCCGCACAGCCCCUGCUGGGAAAUGGCUCUGCCAACAUCAAGCUGGUGAAAAAUGGAGAGAACCAGCUCCGGAAGGCUGCAGAACAAGGGCAGCAGGACCCCAACAGAAACGUCAGCCCCACUGCAGUCAUCAACAUAACUUCUGAGAAGUUAGAGGGUAAAGAGCCCCACCCACGGGAUUCCACGGGCUGCGAGAUUUUACCCUCCCAGCCCCGAAGAACCAAGAGCUUCCUGAAUUACUAUGCAGAUCUGGAAACCUCAACCAGAGAACUCGAGCAGAACUUGGGCAACCAGCAUGGGGCUGUGGAAGAGAAGGUCCAGCCAGGCCAGAGCCAGGCCUCCACCGUCGUCGGGAAUGGCGACUUACUGCUGCAGAAACCAAACAAACCCCAGUUCAGCCCUGAAGAUGGCCAGAUAGCCACCAUUUCAUCCAGCCCAGAGACCAAGAAGGAUCAUCCUAAAACAGGGGCCAAAACCGAUUGUGCACUCCACCGGAUCCAGAACCUGGCACCGAGCGACGAGGAGUCCAGCUGGACGACCCUGUCCCAAGACAGUGCCUCCCCCAGCUCCGCAGAUGAGACAGCAGAUAUAUGGACUGAUCACUCCUUUCAGACUGAUCCGGAUUUGCCACCUGGCUGGAAAAGAAUCAGUGACAUCGCUGGGACCUAUUAUUGGCACAUACCAACAGGGACGACUCAGUGGGAACGCCCUGUCUCCAUCCCAGCAGAUCUUCAGGGUUCUAGGAAAGGGUCCCUUAGUUCUGUAACGCCAUCUCCCACCCCAGAGAACGAGAAACAGCCAUGGAGUGAUUUUGCUGUUCUGAAUGGGGGAAAGAUUAAUAGUGACAUUUGGAAGGAUUUGCAUGCAGCCACAGUCAACCCGGACCCCAGUUUAAAAGAGUUUGAAGGAGCAACACUGCGCUAUGCAUCCUUGAAACUCAGAAAUGCCCCACAUGCUGAUGAUGAAGAUUCUUGUAGUAUCAACAGUGACCCAGAAGCUAAGUGUUUUGCUGUGCGCUCUCUGGGGUGGGUGGAAAUGGCGGAGGAGGACCUCGCCCCUGGCAAGAGUAGUGUUGCCGUCAACAACUGCAUCAGGCAGCUUUCUUACUGCAAAAAUGACAUCCGUGAUACAGUCGGCAUUUGGGGAGAGGGGAAGGACAUGUACCUGGUCCUGGAGAAUGACAUGCUGAGCCUGGUGGACCCCAUGGACCACAGUGCGCUCCACACGCAGCCCAUCGCCAGCAUCCGCGUGUGGGGCGUGGGCCGCGACAACGGCCGAGAUUUUGCUUAUGUAGCAAGAGACAAAGACACAAGAAUUUUGAAAUGUCAUGUAUUUCGAUGUGACACACCAGCAAAAGCCAUUGCCACAAGUCUCCACGAAAUCUGUUCCAAGAUCAUGGCCGAACGGAAGAACGCCAAAGCCCUGGCCUGCAGCUCCCUGCAGGAAAGGGCCCACGUGAACCUCGACGUGCCCCUGCAAGUAGAUUUUCCAACACCAAAGACUGAGCUGGUCCAGAAGUUCCACGUGCAGUACUUGGGCAUGCUACCUGUGGACAAACCAGUCGGAAUGGAUACCCUGAACAAUGCCAUAGAAAGUCUUACGACCUCGUCCAGCAAGGAGGACUGGCCUUCGGUGAACAUGAACGUGGCCGAUGCUACUGUGACUGUCAUCAGUGAGAAGAAUGAAGAGGACAUCCUGGUGGAGUGUCGGGUGCGAUUCCUGUCCUUCAUGGGCGUCGGGAAGGAUGUGCAUACGUUUGCCUUCAUCAUGGACACUGGGAACCAGCACUUUGAGUGCCACGUUUUCUGGUGCGAGCCUAAUGCCGGUAACGUGUCCGAGGCGGUGCAGGCCGCCUGCAUGUUACGAUACCAGAAGUGCUUGGUAGCCAGGCCGCCUUCACAGAAAGUUCGACCACCUCCUCCACCAGCAGACUCUGUGACCAGGAGAGUCACAACCAAUGUAAAACGAGGGGUCUUAUCCCUCAUUGACACUUUGAAACAGAAACGCCCUGUCACAGAAACGCCGUAGCUGCAUAUGUGAAAGGAUCCUGUAAUAUUUACUGAAGAUUGAAUAGCUACACUAAAGAAGAGGAGCUGAUCUCUGGCCUUCCAUUCAGUUGCUGAUGCUUUGUCUUCAGAGAUUAAUAACCUAACCAAACAGUGUUAGACAAGCAUGUUCUCUCGUCUUGCCACCGUUGUGUGAUAUGAAAAGAAGCAUGACUAAUUUUUUUUGCUGUAAGUUACAUCAUGAGCAGUGGAAGCUCCCUUUCUUAUUGUAAAUAUCGUGAACAUUAUGUAACUUCACACACACAGGGAAGAAUGUGGCCACACCCCUCCCAGUGAAGCAGCUGAGUCCUUGGAGUGAAUGACACCUGGGUUAGUUUCAUUGUCUUCUUGACUGGAUCUAUCACAAGCAACUUUUAAGUCCUACAGCACUUUGCCCUGUUUUCAACAUUGGAGUAGACACUGCAUACCGGAUACCACUGAAUUGCUGUAAAAACAGGAUGAUGAGUUUUUGUUUUAGUUUUUCAUAAAAUCGAACCUUUGGUUGACAAAAUUGGCUGUUGGCAUCAGUAUAGAAACCAACUGGCAACUUUCCUUGACGAGCUCUUUGACACAUGGACACCAUUUCAUGUCUACAGCUGUUUGGGGGAUGUUGGGAAAAAAAGUGAAGCUUCAAAAUUGAAAAACUAAAUUUCAGAAAUUAAAACAAAAAGAGCCUUUCUGUUCAGAUGGUUUUCAAACUGAUUAUUAAGAAAAAGAAAGAGAUUAACAAAAUCAUAAUGCAUUUUGGGUGGGACAUAUUUCAAACUUCUGCCUUAUACUGUACAAUGCAGCUAGAGAAUUAUAGUUCACUAUGGCCAUUCUCUACAUAAACAUUAAAAUGAAAUAUUCCUCGUAAGCCUUUCAUCCUUAGUUUGAUAAUUAGCCAAUAUGCAACUUGGAGUUGAGGAAAUGUCAUUUAUAUUUUAGAUCUCCACCACCACGUUGUUUUCCACCUCCUACGUAAAUGUUCUGCUAGGAUUCUGCAUCUAGCUCAAUCUUACCUUAAUGCUUUUUGCCCAGAAAGCUGUCUGUCCAUCAUGUAAUGUCCAUGGCAACAAACUUCAUUAAAUUGAACCUUUCUGAAUUUAUGUAUUUAAUAUUAAAAUUUGUUGGACUCUAGAUAUAUUUUUUAAUUUAUAUUUUUUCCAUUUAUUUUCAAGAUUUAAAAAUUUCAUAUCAGAGCAAAAUAUACAUAGGAACAAAGGACUAUUUAACAGGCUUCCCAAAAACAGCACUUUUCUGCUUCUCUAUCUAUAGAUGAGAGACUUAGCUGUAAAGAUAAACAGAUUUAGACACCUGUUGAUAAUGUUUUAAAGAAGAAGUUGCUAAGAAGCUCAAUCUAAACAUUAGUUUUGUUUACUUUUCAGUGAUAAAAUUAUCAUUUUACAACAUUGUUGUAAAAGUAAUGCUUUAUGUUUAUCUACUGCUAUGUAUGUGUCAAAAUGGUUUCCACAUUCUUAUCGUCACAUUUGAGCCUUAUAAGGUAGAGAAGGUACUAAACACAUUUGAGAAAUAAAAAAUAUGAAUUAAAGAGGCUCAGUCACCUAGCCUAAGAUCUCAAGAAAGUUAGUGAGAAAGCCAGAACUAGGACCCAUGCUUCUCAACUCCCAGUUAUUAAGUUAUGCUGCUUCCACACCAGUCAGGAGGAGUCUUUCUUUCCAAAAUUACUCUGGGCAUAUCCAGUUAUUGUCAGGCAAUCUUAGGAUUCCCUGUAUAAGAGGGGAAGUAUGUCCAAAUUACUCAUGCUGUGAUUUAAAACCAUUGCCCGCUCUCAGUUUUCCUGCAGUGUGCCUCAAAUGUGUUGUAGAGGACAGGAUUCUACAUGCAGCACAUCCUGUUCAACCCACAAGACUAUCCAGAGAUGAUGUUACAUGUGGUAGAAAUAUUCCUAACUCAUGAUACUUAGCCACCAGAGAACAUGAUGGAAUGAGUAGGUGGCCUCCUGCCUCUGUUCCCUCUCAGAAUUCUGGAAUUGUUUGCUAGCACCCUAGUGUUAUGACAAAAGAGAGGCCACUCUAGAAAUGGAUUAUACUUCUCACCAGCCUAUAUACUAUUCCACUAAAGAAGUUACCAGUGACAUCCUAAGAAAUUACUGCAUUAAGAAAAUCCUUACUGUGCCCUUCGAAAAGCUGUUCAAAAUUCAAUCUUGAUGAUCUUUCAUCUUGACCUCCACAGUGAAACAAACAUUUUAGUGUGAUAAACUUCAAAAUUCUUUAAAAAGUGAUCCACUUUUAUAUUGGACAUCUCUACCAGAACCCAUUCAUUUUUUUUUUAAGGCAUACAUAUGUUUUCAGGAUCAAGAAUACUGAGCUAGCGUUAAGUAGCAAACUGAUUUAUAUAUGCAAUUAUAGGAUGCAUUAAGAUGAAUGAUAGCCUUUACAUACUGAAAACUUUACUGCAGAUACUUUGUUUUAAAAAUAGCUUUGCAUACUAAAUGCAAUUAAUUUUAUAAAAUUAAUUAUGUUAAGCCGUAUGUUCAGACACUUUCUGCCAUGGCCAAAAACUAUGUAUGAAAGUAUGUGUGUAUUUUCUGUGAAAGGAUGCUAGUGUUUUACCUGAUAUUGUAGUGACACUUCAGUUAUCUAUGCAUUCUUUGUAUCUGUGAUUUGGUAAACAGGCAGCCAUGUUCACUAUGCCUUGUAUGUCUUAUCAUUUUUUUAAUUAACCUGUUAAAUACAGCUUAAAAUAUUUUUAUUUUAUUUAUUCUAUUUUUACUGAAAUAUACUGCAUUAUUGUGUUAAUGUAUUAUCUUUACUGGAUAUUAUCUCUCAAUGUAUCCAGGUCUAAGUAAUCUCAGUGAACUAUACAUUGCCUAAAAGGUGGUUUUGUAAUGAUUUGUAGUCACAUUUUUAUUGGAAUAUGUAUAAGAAAAGGCAAAAUACUUAAAAGUUCCUUUUAUUUUUUAAAAGCAGCUAGAUAGACGCAUACUUACCAACUCACAUAUGUGCUCCUUGGCCGCAUCAAGGGGAAUAGCCAACAUGCCUAUGGCUAAAAACUUUACUUCGCAAACUUAAAGCACUGCUUGGUGCUUCGUUUUUAUAUCCUUCACCACACGUGUGAGCUCAUCUAAGAGACAGACACAUGUCCUCCUGCCCUUUGUUUACACCUGGAUAUAUGAUCACCCAUAGCUAAUUAGGACCAUUGUUUUUGUUUGUGUCUGUCUUACUGCAUGAAGCGACAUUAGACCCAUUUCCAUUAAAAUAAGCUCUUGGUGAUAAACUGUUGGCACUGCUACUUUUUAAAAAAUUCCACUUUAUGAUUUUAUGACGAACAUUUGUACGAUUCUACACAAGGUCAUUUACUAGAAGCCCUAAAUCUUUCCUCCUCUUCUUAUAUGACACACACUCAUUUCAUAAGCAUUGCAACACAAACUCAAGAUGAUAUCAUAAACAAUGUGAGAAACAACAUCUCCCUAACUGAUACUAGCACAGCUUAACUAGUAAAAGCAUUAGCUCUCUAGUUUGCCAGGCUUACUUAACCCAAUACACAGCUAACGUGUGUUAUACAGCCAGUAAAAUGUUUAUUUCAGCUUCAGGGAAAAGAUACUGCUCACACUUUAUCAGUGAGAGUGCUCCCUGCCAUCCAAAGCAGCUUGUUUAUCCCAAAAGAACAUUUGGUUUUGCUUUCUGCCCCUUUUGCUGUUGACCGCUUUUACACAUUUAAAUGUAAUAUGUUGUGAGAAUAAACUUAGCUGCGUAAAA